CCUCUCAUUAUUAGCACAUAACCUUGGACAAGCGAUCUGAGAAGGCAGGUUACCAGAACCCUUUUCUAGUGAGAAUUUAAUGACAUGCAUAUGCUAUGGGUUAGGGCAAUGCUUCACACAUAAUAAAUACUCAGAAAAUGGCAUCUACUGUGCCUGCUAUUAUUACUUCUGUGAACGUGUAUGGAGGAUCUCCUAGCGCCAGGCACUGGCUUUGCACUAAGGAGACAGACUUGUCCUGACGAGAACACACACCUGCAGAGGAAACAGGAAACAAAGCAUUGCCAUAUAAGUGCAUCAUCAAGGAAGCUGUGUGUCUCUGGCAUGCGAUCUGCUCUGUCCAUUGACUGAGGCUCCUACAUCCAGUUUGGCCAAGAAACAGAGGUUGUCACAACUCCCGGAGCCAGCUGGCCAGGAGUGCUGCAUGCAAAUUCAGCUACGGGCUAAGACACGCUAACUGGAGCCUGAAGCAUGGACUUUGUCAUGAAGCAGGCCCUUGGAGGGGCCACCAAGGACAUGGGGAAGAUGCUGGGGGGAGAGGAGGAGAAGGACCCCGAUGCCCAGAAGAAGGAGGAGGAGCGGCAGGAGGCACUGCGGCAGCAGGAGGAGGAGCGCAAGGCCAAGCAUGCCCGCAUGGAGGCCGAGCGUGAGAAGGUCCGGCAGCAGAUCCGAGACAAGUAUGGGCUGAAGAAGAAGGAGGAGAAGGAGGCCGAGGAGAAGGCCGCGCUGGAGCAGCCCUGCGAGGGCAGUCUGACCCGCCCCAAGAAAGCCAUCCCUGCGGGCUGUGGCGACGAGGAGGAGGAGGAGGAGGAGAGCAUCCUGGACACGGUGCUGAAAUACCUGCCCGGGCCGCUGCAGGACAUGUUCAAGAAGUAACCGGCCCCGCUGCCCCACCCCAUGCCACUCGUUUCGAUUUUUUUUUCUUUUUGGUUCUUUCUUUUCUUUUUAUUCAGUUAAGUCUCAGUUAUGAAGGGGAAAACCUCGGUUGGCCUCUGCCCCUCUCCCCUGGCCAGGGGCUCCUUCCCCUCAGCACGCCCCCAUACCCACCUUCACCCCAGGGUAUCUAGCUCCCGAGUAGCUCCAGGAAGGGAAAACAGCUUUCCCCCAGCAGGGGGCAUUGAAUCCAGUGCCAAAGGCACCAGGGUUCCCCUAAAGAAACCCAAGGUCUAUGCUAGUGUGGUAAUCCCCAUACAUUCCUUCAUGCACCCCACUGCCAGGUGGACCACUGUCCCCAGCCAGCCAAAGUAAUGACACAUUCCAGCCCUGCCCAGCAUGCUGACCUUUGGCCUCUGACCCCUGUGGGCCUCCAGGUCAGGGCAGGGGCAUUGAGUGGCCUGGCUCCGAGGAAGGGAUCAGGGUAGGCCUGCCUUGUGAGGGCCCAGCCCAGCUGUGUUCUAGCCAGGCCCGGGUGUAGGCAGGAGGCUGGGACUCUCCUUCCCCCCCUCCCCAUGACACCCAGCCCAGGAGCACCCCUCCACCAACCCCCUCCCAAAGAGGCAUAAUCCUUGCCAAGCCAGUUCCUUCAAAUGGAUCCUCUUUGGACUUUAACUCAUUCUGUGGUGGGGCCCCGGGGUCGGGCGGCCCCUUGUCCCCACCACUCCACUUAGGCCCUGGGGACCCACUGCCAGGCUGGGCCCAGCUGGCCCAACCAAGGGGCUGCCCAGGUCCCCCCAGAAAACACUUGGAGCCAUUGGGCAGCAAUGGCCCAUGCCAUGGGACACCCCCAUUGGUGCAGCCAAGCUGCCCCCAUUCCUAUCCACUCCUCUUCCCCACCCUAUCCUGUCCAUGUGCUUCCAGGGCCCCACGGUCCCAGGAGGACCCUUCCUGGCUAAAGCCCCCAGCUUUUGGGGGAGAAGCCAGUUCCCACUGGACAGAAGGCUUCUGUCUACUCAUCUCAUUGGCCAAGAACAAACUCUCCUCUGGGAUGUGGGAGACUGGCGUUUGUUCCCCCAACCCAAAUUGUCAAGGUCUCCUGCUCAGUGUGUAAGAAAUGGGAAACUGUGGCACGCAUGAGAGGUGUGUACAGCAGAGGCUGUGUGACUAGAGACUUCACGUAUGUGUAUUAGUCAUUGUAUCUCCAUUGGAUACGUAUGUGUUUGUUAGGCAGCUAUGUGUACGUGCUUCUUUGAGGUGGUGUGUAUGAGUUGAGAUUGUAUCUUGCGUGUGUGUUAACCAUCUCAUAGGUGUGUUAGAACCUGCAUUUGUUAGCUUGUAUAUGCGUGUGUUUUCAGAACAGCAUGCUUGUUAGGGGUUAAGGGUGUGUGUUAGAUGAAGAAAUAAGUGUUUGAGAGAGUUAGCAGGUGUGCUGAGACUAUUGUGCGCAUGUGUGUGGAUCUGAAAAGGCAGUUGUGUGCAGGGACAUGUGUGCCUGGGGAGAAACGUAGUUACAAUGCCCUCUUGACCCCAGACCACUGGUCAAAGGUGACCACACCCAACAGGAGACCUUGUCCUUGGCCUAGAGUCCUUCCGCCCUUGUGGGGUUCUGCCUGGGAUCCUCAGAAGUUCACUGAGACAGACCCAGGCAGUACCCCAAGAAGCCAUGCUGGGCCCCAUCAGGGCCUAUCCCCAAAGCAGGGGCCAGGGAGGGGGCGACUUGCCUGCCCCCAGAACCCCUGUCCCAUUGGCCCCAGUUUGCAUUCUGCAGGUUUUCCAUUUUAGUGGAUUUAUGCUUUUAUUUCAGAGAAAGACAUGUGUCUUCUCUGUCCGUUUCCAAUAGUUAAAGCCAUAUCAGUUAGACUGCAAUACUUUAAAGAUGAGACAAAACAAUCCAUAUGUUUAGGGAACCAGAAAAGUCCCCUGGUCUGUCCCUUCUCUAGGGAGCAGGGCUUCAGUAGCUCCAGCUCCCUGUACUUACCCUUCUCCCCCACCCCCAUCCCUCCCCUGUGCCCCCUUUUCCUGCCCCCCAGGGGGCCUGUGUCUCUGUCUGUGCCUGUGUCUGUGAUGGGGAGCCACUUUGCACCCCGGUUGUCUGCUUGUCUGUUUGUGUUUUUUAUCCUGGGCAGGAUAGUCAUUCUCUAGAGCCUUGGGGUCCUGGAGCACAGACAGGCAGGGCCCCCAGUCCAGGGCCCCCGAUCUCCCCAGGCCCCAUGUGAACCCCACUUGGACACAAGGGUGGAUCCCAAGUGUUCAAAAUCCCCUGACAGGGGCUCACAAACCACAAAGGUGGUGCCGGGCAUAGAGAGUGCCAGAUGGGAAGUGGUGUCGGGGGCCCUGGGAGCUUCGGAUGAGCUGGAGAGCCACUCGAGUUAUCCCAGGUGGACCUGAGGGACCUCAGACCCUCAGAAGGCAUCUCUGGUGCUCUCCACAGCCCCUCUGCACCUCCAGAGUGGGCCCAGGGCUUUUCCUAGAUGAGAGCCCCCUCCAGGCCAGCUGGCUUAGUCUGGUUCAUGUCCCAGACUCCUCCAUCCUGCUCCCGAGCAGCAGGACUAGAGGUCUUCCUGGAGGCAGGAGCUGGAGGAGAAUUUCGACCUGCAACAUACCCAACCCGAACCACUGGUUGGGAAUCAUUCUUGAGUCUGGGAGGACACACAAUGAUUCAUUUCUGACACAGACCUGACUGUGGAGAGAAGCCUAAAAUAAAGGUUGGCCCAGAGAGGAUGUCAUAGGUAACAGAGUAGUGGGGAGACAAAAUAUGGGGUGCUCUACAGGAAACAUGCAAACUCUAGCAUGUACAUCCACGUGAUGUACGGGGGUGGGAGAUGUGUGUGGCCCACCAAAUGGGAGGGAGAUGAGCAUGUCACACACAAAUGGCGCAGUUUGCAUGUGACACACUUGGGAGGUAGGGGCAGGGAGGGAGAGACUCUGAAUUCGGCGCUUGAACACAUGAUGUCCAGCAAGGGAGAGAGGAAGGAGCGGUCUCUGGACAUGGAUGAAAUCAGAAUUUCACCCAUACCAGGACAGCCUGCCCAGGAGUAUGCCUGCACAGAAGGGCCACCGCUGCGCUCCUGUGCCUGAGUCUGCAUCUCGGGUUUUUCUUGGCAACAGGCCAGGAUUUCCAUUUCAGGUCCGUAAGCUCCUGGGAUAUGUUCUUAAUGGCAAGCAUGGGGUCUCCUCCAAAUGUAAGUAGGAAGUCACAAGACCCUCCCGGUGUGAGAGAGUUGUGUGUACCCAGAGCAAGAGAAGGGGAAGGAAACAGGGCAGAAGUACUCUGGCCCCUCAGGAGGGGCAGCAGGUGGGCAAAGCAGCCACCCCCAAGGCUGUGGCUAGAGUAAAACAGGGCACACACCCAGCCCCAAGAGCCCCUGGCACCCAGCUAUCAGGGUUGCCCACCUGCUACUGCCUAACUGCUCCGUCCCUCUAGGGCCCAGCCGGCCUUGACUGCGCUGAGGUUCUGGGGGCAGACUGGCUCAAAGGAGGGAACUCUCCCAGGCCUGAGGACAUGCCUCCCCCUACAUGUCUCCUGCUGCGCUCCCUGUUCCUAUUACCCGCCCUCCUCGCUGGGGCGAGAAUGAGGGUCUUGUGCUGGCCCUGGGGGUGGGGGUUUCCUAGUAAGAGCUGAGGAGGACGGCCAUCCUGCUCACGCAGGGGAAUCCCUUUCCCACAUGUGUGCUGUGUCCUCUGUUGCUCUGCUUCCUUUAAAUGUGUCAGUGCCUGGGGGGAGGGGAGAGGCACGCCCCAUACCCCCCUGAACCUGACCAAAAGCCAUGGCUGUUGCUCCCCUUUGUAUGACGCAGAUGCUAAGAUGUACCAAACCAACCAUGACAACCAAGAAAAGACCUUGUA